CGCGACGUUUCGGACUGUGAACAGUUUCACGUAUGGGCAUGCCGCACGACGUCGAGUGGCGAAGUGCCGAAGACGCACUCGCGUACGAUGUGUUGCUUCUCAAGUCAGUGUUUACCCGGCUUCGACGGCAGAGCGCCGACGAGGGCAUUUUGGAGCUCGACUUGUUUUCCAAGCAACAAGUGAUCGAUGAGCUUGAGGUGCACGAGGAUCAAAAGCUCCUGCGCCACCGUCCCAACCUCCGCAAACUGCAUACACGGCUAUCCAGCUUGAACAACAUCCAGGAGAGCAUUUCGUUCGAUGCGUUCCGCGUCACCCGGGUGCGCGACAAGACCCUAUCGUUUGACAUGACCAGCGCUCUGCUAAAAGACUUGUGUCGGUCGCAGUUGGAGGCCGAAAGCGAACGGCGCCGGCUGGUCAGGUACAAGCCCAUGUGGUGCACGCGGGACGCCAAGCUAGCCGACAACCACCCCGCGGCCACGUACAACGUGUGCUACAGACCGCCACAUACACUCACGAGUCGCGAGAAGCUGGCGGUCGAGCGUCGGGCCAAGUGGACUCGAGACAAGGCAGCGGUCAUGGCGCAGCUGUUUGUACAGGGCUUGAUGCAAACUUUGUUUCUGCCCAAAGCCCCUCGAGGGCUCCCGAGUUGCCCGACUACGGCGACAGAUCCAAUUGACGACCACGACGUCGGGGGAUUGAAGACCCCGUCAGUGAAAACAAAACGGCACAAGGGCAAACCACUUGCAAGGCGGUCGUCGUUCAUGUCAUCGAAACAGGAACAACAAGAUGUGGCCAGCCUCAAACUGCGGAUUCUAUGCCCCGGGUACGAUCCAAAUGCACCCCCCUGGCGAAGUGCCACGUGUGGCGGGGCAUUCAAUGACGCGACGGACGCCGAAGCCUUCGUCGCCGCCGUGGAGAGCGCGGGGGUACCGUCCAUCGCCAGAAAACUCUGGGCACACGCGACCUUUCGGUCUGCGGCGACUGCGUGUGCACGGAGAGUUGAAUCGUGUGCAUCAUCCCAUUCAAACAAUCCUGCAACGUUUCCCCACGACCGCCCACUUUCCACCGCCACCACCCCAGCGUCUUCGUCGUCGUCGUCACGUUUGACAGCCUCAACAGAUAUGCUCCUUCUCGACACGUACGCGGCGUGGCAGGGCCAGUAUCGGACCAAGACCAUUCCACAUUUGAGAUGAUGUUAGCAUUCAUAAUACUACUCUCCCUUGCUAAC